UAGUUCUUGAAGUCAACAUAGUCCAGAAGAUGGAAUCUUUUGUUGUUCGAGAGAGUUAUGACUACCCGAACAAAAUAGCUUCCGUGCAGAUGACGUCACUAAACCGGACAACGAAAAGCAUUAUUGACUUCGAGGCUGGAGAGCGCUACAGUUUUGCACCAAAUGAAACUUGUAUGACAUACAGCAUCAAUGACCGUGGUCCAAACAACAUAUUUGGAUUUCUUCUCAGAGGAAACGGAAGUGUCCAGUUUGCCACAUCUGCUGACGUGUUUAAAUUCGGACGGACUUACAACGAAACCUACGUUGGAACAGACGAGAUUCGUGGCAUUCCCGUCAAUCGCUGGGCAUCAUGUCAACACUCAGAUGAUCUUCAUUCGACUUUUCGUCUGGAUUACUAUUUCAGCCGAGAUAACUUCUUGAGUCCAACAAAUGAUACAAAUAUUCCAAUCAGAAUUACCAUAACAGGUGAAGCACGGAAUGAGGAUAAGCAAGGAAAUGUGAAACCAACAGGAAGUCACAACUACACCCAUGUCUAUGAAUAUUCAUACUUCAAGCCUGGACCAAUCAAAGACCAGACGGUUUUCCAUUCUCCAAAAGGAAUUGUCUGUAAAGGACGGAAGAAUGUGAAACAGCUGCCCAAAAUGCCCGAGCAGUUCACUGUCGACAUUGAGACAAAGAAUUCAGUUCAGUCCAGAACCUUCAGGGUGUAUUUUGACAACAGUUUCAACCUGACUCGGACAGACACUUUCUACACACUCGGAGCACGAAGCCAAUAUGGAGGGGGUCUCGUCUCUGUCAUUCAAGAUUUACACUCAGAGGUGGUGUACGUGGUUAACCAACACGAGGGAAACUGUACGAUGUACUCGCUUCAAAGUCAACCCGACAAGCAUAUGAAAUAUGUGUACGAGUUGCUAAACGUCAAAAACAAAACCUACGUCUAUCAGGGGAAGAGAAUGCUACGAGACAUGGUCGUUGACGCUUGGGGUAAUAUCACCAAUGAUGGAAUUGUCCAAGAGAUGUACUUUGUACCCCCUCCCCAUUCAAGAGGACUCCCAAACCCUCGUCAACGCAGAGCGCCUGGAUCCGGCCAACACUCUGGUCGACAUUCUGGUCAACAUUCUGGUCAACCUGGAACCCCCGGGUCUCAUACACCUCCGCCAUUUGCAUGGGAGCGCUAA